AUGUCGCUAAGUGUCCACUUUCCUGUGCUAUGUAGAGCAUUGAUGGAAGGAAAAGACUCCUCUCAUUCGGAUGACCAGGGAGGUAGUGAAACGAGCACCCAAACGAGCUCUCCGGAUUCCCAUUCAUGUAACUCUUCAUCAAAUGGAUCGAAAGCCCCUUCAAAUGAAGGACUCACGAGAGAGGAGAAUUUCAACUUAGAAAGAGAUCAAGUUGUAGAUCUAAGUAAAGGUCAUGAGUGUGGAAAUCAAGUGGGGUUUUCAAAUCAACAGACCCAGCCGACGCAGCAACAGCAACCACAAUUUGCCUCUCAUAAUCCCUCACCUGGCAACUCGAAUGGAGGAGUGGUGGAGGAGAAGGAGAGGAACUACAGUUCUACAAAAAGUCAAAGCGGUGGUCAAUUAAUAAUUCAAAGCCAACAACAAGAUUCACCGCAAUUCACCCCUACUAAUACUACCACUUCUUCUACCACUAAUCCCAUCUCCGGAUCUUCUAUUUCUGGAUUUUCAACAGAAUGUCAGAAUUCUGCGACAAAUCAACCACUUGCUCAUUCCAAUGGGAACAACGGCGUUCCCGUCCAAGAUACUCCCUUGGACUUGAGUACUCAUCGAAAGCCCCCUCUCACUCCAAAGGAAACAUAUUCACAUCUCAUAAAUGGCUAA